UCACUAACUAAUAUAAAUGCACAUACAUGUAGACUACGAAUGGUCCAUCGGAACUAAAAGCCCGUAUAAGCUCAAACCGUAUGGACAAAUACCUUGACAUACUGUUUGGCCCGUGCGACUGAUUUUUUAGUCAAAACACCAACUUUUUUCGACCUUCGUCACAUUUUAUUCCUCUUCUGAUGGGUCGAGAGCUCGAUCAUUUGCAAAAGUGGUCCAAAAGUCAUAGAGAAAACAACCGUGCGGUCGUCGUUUGUUACUUAUUGCUGACUAACAACACUCUGCGACGCCUUCCAUGUCCUUUCGACGGCGACUGUUCUGCGGGACGUCUUCGUCGUUGCGCUUGGCGUGCACGUAGUCGUCGUCCUGACACGCACGCCACUUGUGAACGACGAGUCGACGCCAAGGCGUCUUCUGAUGAGGCAGUGGAAGACGUCGAAGUUGACCGAUUUAUCGAUGAAAAUUAGCUUCAAACCAUGCGAAGGUAGCCCUUCUAGUCUUUCUUUCACCGAACGGACUACCUUCGUCAGUACCUUCAUCAGACUUUGAGUUGUUGUCGGAAAGGUUUUACCUUCGUUACCACGAUGUUACCUGCAGUGUUGUGGGAGUCGCGCUCUGUCAAGAUAUAGGAUAGUUCUUUCUGCAAAGCCUGCAUACGACCCUCACAUGGAAUGAUGUUUCGAGCACUGAGUUGUCGAUGCAUCUCAAGUUGCGCGAACCACACAGAAUAUCACUUCAGGGGUCUUGUACAAGCACGCUCAUGGGGUCCGGAAGGGUCUUCAGCACCCCUCUUUGUUUUAAGGCCACGAGCUUCAAAAGCUCCGCUCGAAGACUUCAGAGGAAACAACACCCAGAGGUAUUUUCCGGACAUAGGCAGCUCUUCGAUUGCAACCAACCUACAUCGAAAUAGGGCCCUUGCCGAAACGGGAUUCGAAGUCGAUUCCCCUGCCGGACAUGAACUCACUCAUGUAGAUGCUUGCGGGCGUGCAUCAAUGGUAGAUGUUUCCGGAAAGCACCGUUCCCAGCGCGCUGCGACGGCAUCGGCAAUUGUGCUGCUGGGAAAGCAGGCGUUUGAUCUCGUCACCCUGAAUCGGUCAUUAAAAGGGGAUGUCCUCACAGUUGCGCAAAUUGCCGGGAUAAAUGCAGCAAAAAAUACCCACAACCUCAUCCCUCUAUGCCACCAGCUCUUACUUCGUAACGUAGACGUUCGCCUCACUUUGGACCCUAGAACAUGUGCCGUAGUCAUCUUCGCAAGUGCACUGACGGAAGGUCAGACUGGAGUCGAAAUGGAAGCUCUCACCGCCGCAAGUGUUGCCAGUCUUACUGUUUAUGACAUGUGCAAGGCUGUUAGCAGGGAGCUCAAGAUAUCUGAGGUAAAGCUUGAAUCGAAAACUGGUGGCAAAUGUGACUAUUUCAGAAGGCGGCGAUAGAAGAUACGGGGCUUGUGCAUCCCCUUAACUGACUUGAAACCUUUGUGGCAUAGGCAGGGUGCAAACACGCAACACAAAGUACGAGAUUAUGGUUCUAACUCCCUUUGCACUGGUUAAGGAACCUUUCCACAUCUUCUCAGUAAUAUUAUUGUCACGUGAACUUCUUUGCCAUGGAAGCCUAUACAGAGGUACUAUUCAUGACCCGAGCAUUUCUCGUAUCGCACGACAUUUUCACUUGUCUGUGAAAAUAAUCAACUUCGUCGCUAAAAGCUGCACCAACUCGCGGCAGUCGCGUUUUUCAAAGUCACUUCUUACAAGCGAGCAGUUAGUUGAGACUCUGCCUUAAUACAUGAUUCGACACAUAGAGUUGAAUCUUAGUAAGAAUUAUUGUAUGCAUCGACCUAUCACGUAUAGUGGACUCCGGCAUGUUACAAACAGGUCAACUCAGGGGUGACAGUGAAACCUGUGCCAUGAACGGCGAGCCUCAGCACGUUACCUAUGAAGUUCCCUCAAAAUCGACUCAACUACUCCAAGACAGUAGGACACUGUGAUUGUCCAAAGAAGCGACUUCCGAAGACGUCUCCCGAGAUGUUUUCACGUCUGCAUCUUCUCCAUACUGCAGGCAGCUGUCUAUGGCGUAGAGCACAUUCACUAAACUGUUUUCAUCAGUAAGAUCCAGAGGAUGAAAAUUGACCAAACUAUAUUCAUCCAGCAAACUUGACAUCAUAUUGUUCAACUUAUGAUGUCGCA